UAUAAAUUGGUCGGCGUGCCAAUUCCGCGGAUUUCAGGAAUCCCGCCGUCGUCUCCCGCCAACCAGAAAACCCCAAUCCGUGCCCCCCUUCCCCCCUCUCUCUCUCUCUCUCCGCCGCAGUUCGCCCUUCUCUAGAGGUGGAAAGCCGUGCAGGAGUGUUAUCUGCCAGGUAUCUGUUUACAGCUUUUUCAAGAUGAGUAAAUCUAAGAGUUAUUAUGUUGAGGCUGCUGACAUGCCAAUGAGGGCAACUAAUGGUUUUUAAGCCAUGUGCAUAAAUUUUUUGCACACAUUUUCAGUUCAGUGUUUAUAUAUAUUUAUAUAUAUAUAUAUAUAUAUAUAUAUAUAAAUGAUGACAUCCUGUAAUCUUGUUCUUUGGCAACAAUCUUGUUUCAAGCACUUUGUUGUCCCAGUUUUAGUUCUUGAAGAUGGUCUAUUGGUUGCUUGCAUAGAAACAUGUGCAGGCUGUGUAAUGAUUGGUGAGCUUUGGCUACUAAAUGCGCAGAGGCAGUCAUAGAAACCCUUUGAAGUUGUUGAAAAAUCUCACAUUCUUCUUGGUAUAAAAACUUUAUACAAUGGGAUAUGCUAAUAAUAUUUCAAAACUUGAGUUGUCUUGCUUCAUCAAUCAACUUAUUCUUUGGCAACAAUCUUGUUUCAAUCACUUUGUUAUCCCUCUUUUAGUUCUAGAAGAUGGUCUAUUGGUUGCUUGCAUAGAAACAUGUGCAGGCUGUGUAAUGAUCGAUGAGCUUUAGCUACUAAAUUUGCAGAGCUACUUAUAGAAAUCCUUUGGGACUUGUUUGGUUCGUCAGAAGAAUUUUUCCUCAUCGGAAUAUUUUAUCCGAAAAGCUGAUUCCUGGGAAUAUGAUGCCUAGGAAAAUGAAUUUGACAUGUUUGGUUAACCAUGAGAAAGUGGCCAUUCUAGAGUGAUUUAUGUUUGGCUGAGCAUCUACUUUUUUGAAAAAGUUGUGUAAAAUACCUAUUAUAUUCUUAAUAAGGGAAAGACUUUAUCCAUGGAUUUUGAUGGCUUAAGGGUAGUUUUGAAAAAAAAAAAGAAUCCAAAUUUUCAACCAGUAGGAAAGUAGAUUUUCUAUAUUUCUCGUGGGUUUUUCUUUUUCAUGAAACAUGGAAAUCUUAUUCUCAUGGAAAUGCUACUUUUUUAUCUCUCUUCUUUGAAAACUCCAACCAAACAAGUGACCUUUCUACGUUUUUCCGUUGACCAUACUUUCUUCCCUUCUUUUCCCACGAAUCAAACGAGUCAUUGAAGUUGUUGAAAAACCUCACGUUCUUCUUGGUAUAAAGCUUUAUGUAAUGGGAGAUGCUAACGAUAUUUCAAAACUUAGUUGUCCUGCUGCAUCCUCUGAUGUGAGGUUGAAGUUGAUUCUUGGGUGCCAUCCUCUGGCGUAUUAGCUUAUGACUUUGAGCAAUUUAGCUGAGAAAUUUGAUCAUUGAAUAUAAAUACUGUUUAUCUAGAUUCUUUAUGUUGUUUUCUGGCUUCCUUUUAUGUAUUUUUAGAUAUGAUCUCGCAUGAAUGCUUCAAUUGCAAAUUUACCGGCCUUCAAUUUCUGAAUAUGAUUGAAUGCUUUUGGGAGAAUGACAUGCAUAAUAUAAAUACCAAAAGCAAGCUCAUAAUCAGAAUUUCCUUUAGGCAUUUGUACUGAUUCGAAAAUGAAUCUUAGAGAGGUUAAACCUAAUAAUUAAAUGGAUCAAUGGCAUUUCCGGGAGGAGCUGGCAGCCCCUGCUAUGGGUUUUGAAAUGUAAGUUUACUUCCAUGUGUUUCAUGUGACUAAAGUUGGGGCUGCAGUGUGGAGCUUGGGUUCGGAUUUUGCCAAAAGAUGCCAAUAUACCAUUUGACUUGAUUGGGGAGCAGGCUGAAGUCAAGCAUAGGAAGUGGAUUCCAGCUCCAUCUUCCAGCUGCUCCUGAUGAAAAACAUCCUAAGAAUAUGGAGUUUCAAAGACGAGAGUCCAAAUGUAGUGCUGCGCUCGAUCAAAGAAAGGGAAAGAGAACUAGAACUGCGCUCUACCAACAAGGACUGGGACUAGCUUGAACGAUAGAAAGAUGGAAUCAGCAGUAUCAGAAGGACCGAAUUUUUUUUAUCAUAGUACAUUACUUCAUCGCGGGCGGAUAGUGGGGAUCGAACCCGCAUCUUCUUCCACAUCUUUUGAUGAAUAUUGUUUAACUCUCAUAUCAAUUGCUUCAACUGUUUGGGAAAUGGAUGAUAUAUAGUUUGCCAAGGAAAGAAAUUAUUAUUACAUUGCUGCAUUGUAAAGGCCAUGUAGCUGAAUAUGCAUGAGUGACCACAUUUGUUUCAAUCAUUGCAUCUCAGUAUGACUAAAUUUAUCUGGGUGGUGCUCUUGAUUUGAACUCAUUUUAUUGUUCGACAGUCAGAAACCCAUUUGGCUGUGACAGUUGAGCUUCUCCAAAAUUUCCUGUACUCGAACAAGGAAGGCCAAGGGUGUUGAAACUUUCUUCCCAUCCAUUGAAACUGCAACUGGAUAAUGGUCCAUGAACUUCUUCUGUGUACCGCACUCAUUAUUGGCUGUUGAUUUAUUUCACUUGUACACAGUUAUUGGCCGUUCGAUCCGGGUGUGAAAGACCUUGAUGGACGCAAUCCUGCUUCCAUACGGUAAUCUCCCUAUAUCAAAGCUCGGAAUUGCGUCGAUCCUCUCAUGCCAAGCGGAGGAUUUGCUCCUCGGCGUUCCUUGGAGCUCGCGAUUGCCUCCACGUGCAACCGUCCAAGAACCUCUCUCUUCUCAAGAGAGGACGUGGCGUAUUGACCGUUAGAUCGUUACUUAUGACCCCUGGCCGUCCGAUUGUCUUGGCGCGAACCAGGGAAGAGAACCCCGCCUUUUCCUCUCCUCCAUUUUCCGGUUUUAGUUUCAGUUUUUGGUGAAGGCGUUGGUUGACGGAUUCUCUCAGUGCGAUCUCCAUUUUCUUUUUUCGAAGAUAUAGUUUUGGUUCUAUUCUUUAUUUAUCAUUUAUAUCAAAGUUUAGUAAAUCCAUCCUUCUCCUUUCUUUUCCAUCUGUUCCUGCUUUGUUCUGGAUUCUUUGGCUUUCUGUUGAUUCUUUUACAUUUUAGAAGAUAUCCGGGGAAGAAUGGCGGAAGCUGCUGUUGAGGAGACGAUCCACGAGUACAAAGGUUCGUCGUCUUCCGAUUCUGAAAGCGAGAAGCCCCCAUCCCCUGGUUUUAAAAAGAAACGAUUGUUUGGGAGGAAGGAACCGGUGCAUGCCGUCCUCGGAGGAGGAAAACCUGCUGAUAUUAUAUUAUGGAGAAACAAGCAGAUGUCAGCGAGUAUUCUUGCUAGUGCUACUGUUCUCUGGCUUCUCUUUGAAUGCAUAGGCUAUCACUUCCUCACUUUUAUCUGUCACUCUCUCAUAUUUUUUCUGGUAGUAUUGUUUCUCUGGUCCAAUGCAGCAUCAUUCAUCAACAGGUCCCCUCCAAAUUUUCCAGAGGUUAUCUUGCCUGAGGACCUGUUCUUAAGCAUAGCUCAUUCAGUAAAACAUAAAAUCAAUGAAACUUUUGCAAUCUUCAGAUAUGUUGCUUCAGGAAAGGAUUUGAAGAAGUUUCUCAUGGUAAUCACUGGCUUGUGGGUUCUUUCUAUAAUUGGAAGUUGGUUCAGUUUUUUGACUUUUUUCUACAUCGUUUUUGUGCUUCUGUAUUCCUUACCUGCACUUUAUGAGAAGUAUGAGGAUCAAGUUGAUGCAGCUGCUGAGAAGGCAGCGAUCAAAAUGAACAAGCAAUAUGCUGUGCUAGAUGAGAAACUUCUGUGCAAGAUCCCUCGAUGCCCAUUCUCUGAUAAGAAGCAGCAUUAAAGUCAUAAACUCAUUUCCUUUGCCAUAGAACUCCAGAGCUUUUGCUCCAGCUUUAGGGGGUCCUCUUCUGCUGAAUUUUAGCUGAAGAUUUUGAUAAAGGACAUGGGAGGGAGAAAGCUUAUAUGACUCGAGACCUUUGCAGCUUCCAGUUAGUGAAGAAGGCUGACAAACUAAGGGACUUGUCAUGGCGGGGGGGGAUUAAUACUUUUUUACAAUCUGUCCUCCAAGAAAGCGCUUUCUGGAUUAUUUAUUGAUUCCAGAUUAUGUUGUUGAUUCAUCGACAAUCUUCCUUGCAAAUGAUGUACGGGCUCUACUUGCGUGCUUAUGCUUCUUACGUGUAUCACAUGCAUGAUGGUACAUGUACCAUGUAAGAUAGCUAAAUCUAGCAAGUGUGAUGGCGACCCAUACGACACUUGGCACUUGAUUGGGAGCGCCUUCAAUCUUCAUCACCGAGGGCCGCUUGUUACAUUUUAUACCAGGAACAGCUUUGGGCAUGCAUAGCUUUGGGCUAUACCAGGAACCAAACUGAACUCGUGGGCUUGACUUGGAACAAGAUCGAAUCAGUUCCUGUUCCAAAUGUGAGAAAUUCGAUCGGGCUAGGUUGGGUUUGGGUAGUGCUAUCAACCAUAUAUACGUAUACAUAUACAAUAUAAUAUAAAAUUAAGCUGUAGUGAUGUAUCAAAUAUCUCUUACAUAAUAUGUUCAUAAAUUCUUAUA